AUGCGCUCGGGCAUCCCGAGACCAGGAGGAGCUGCAACAGCCGCCAACGGUGGUGGCGGCAAUGCCGAAUCCGCGAUUCCGCGCCCUUCCUCGCGAAUCGGUACAGCUGGAGCUGCGAGCGGCGCGGGCGGCCGAGUAGCGAGCGGUCCCAUGGGAGCAUAUCGGCCUUCGUCCGCUGCUGGUCGGAGCUCUGUUGGCGGCGCUGCAUCAGGACCGUCCUCGAUGCUGCUUCGUCAAGCACCUGCUAGUGCAGCACCCACCACGCGAACCUACUCUGGUCUCGCAAACCGCAUCAGCACGCUCUCGGCGCGUCCGCUCGACCCGAAUACCUCCAUCAACAUGCUAGGCGACGAUAUCUCUUCUGCUUCCAUCCUCCUCGACACUUCCAUCGGCGGCCCACGCGCAGGUGCAGCACACAAGCGCUCCGUUUCUGCGGCAGGCAUCGGUGGCGACGAGAGUAUGUCGUUCAGCAGCAACCCCAUCAAACGACCUCACUUGCGCAAACUCAGCAUGGAUGGCACCUCGCCCCUCCUUCUUCAAGCCGAACUGCAUCCCGCCAGCACACCCCGUCCCGAAUCACCAGCUUACGAGAUCGCAGUGCUUCGUACACACUAUGAUCAGCAGCUCCUCGCAGAGGAUCGCAAAUACAAGAAGCUCGAGCAGGACUACGAGGCCAAAUGCAAGGAACUCGAUCGAUUCAACCGCCAACGCGUCGAGCUGCUUGACGAAUGGGACAAGCAGCAGGAGACCACCAGGUCGAAGGAAGCGGAAUGGACGUCGAAGCGUGCCUCUCUUGAAGACGAAGUCGUCCGUCUUCGAAGCAGCAAUUCCGAGCUGACUCACCGCAACGACGAGCUGUCGUCCGAAUCCUCCUCACAAGUCUCGGAACUUCGUGCCAAAGUCACCUCGUUGGAAUCGGAUCUGGCCAAAUCGCGUGCAGAAGCACAAGCCGCCACGACCAGAGCGAAAAGGUUCGAAGACGAAGUCGGAGCCAACAAGGCCGAGCUCGAAGAUCUUCAGAACGCGCUCGAGGAAGAACAGCGUAUGCGCAUCCAACAGCUUGACGAGGCACGGCUCGGUGGAGCCGAGUCGGGGGCCAAGAUCGCAGAAGAGUUGGCGAGGCAGACCUCGCACCUGCGAAAGCUCGAAGCCGAGAACGCGCAUCUCACUGCCGAGAAUGGAAGGCUUUCGCAUCACGCUAGCAACGUCGAGCUGCUCAAGGAGGAGAAGCGAUCGCUGGAGGCCAAGCUCCGUACGCUCGACGCGUUGCGCGACCAGCUCGCGGCUGCCGAGACCCAGGUGGCCGACUUGCAGGACAAGCAAGCCAACUGGGACACGCUGUUGAGGAACGGACUGGAAGCGGAUGUAGAAGCUGCAUUCGCAGCUGCUGCCAACGUAGAUGGUCCGUUGCCCUCCGUGACCCCGCCCGAGACAGUCGAUCGGAACACGCUUCCCAAGUACCUGUCCACGCUGCGUGGAACCGUGUCCGGGCUGGAAGCACGCUGCAAAGCUGUGUCCGCCAGCGUCGAGAAGCUGCGCGCACGAAACCUGACACUCGAAGAGGAAGCCAAGGAUGUAGACGCCAAGGACCGCAAGACGUCGCUCCAGCUCACUGAGCUGCAAACGAACCUUGCUCGAGCGCAAAAGACCGAAGUCCGGCUCAACGACGAGAUCUCGCGACUCAAAGCCAUGCUCUCCUCCUACGAGCAGGAGGAACAGAACCACAACUCGACGUCGUACUCUGCAGCCCACGCGCAAAGGAUCAGCCUGCUCGAGGGCGAGCUCGAAAAGGCGAAAGCGGAAAACGUCGCGUUGAGCGAAGAACUCGAAACGGUCUCCAAGAGUCUUGCCGAGAAGGAGAGCAAAACCGAAGGCGACGUCGAUGGGGAACAAGAUCUCGCUGCGAAACUUGGAUCCCUCCAAUCGGAAAAGACGGCACUCGAGACCAAAGUUUCCGACCUGGAGAGCAGCAUGUCCGGCCUGACCCGGGAACUGGAAUCGCUCGGUAAAGAGAACGAGAUGCUGUGGUUGCGGGUAGGACGCGGCGAGUUCGAUCAAGAGCGACAGAGAUGCCUCGUGCUAGCCUCAAACCCGGUUUCGAACGAUCUCGACGUCCGACGCAAGACCAUGGAAGCGCUCAAGGCGGAGAACGCAUCUCUGCUCUCACGCGUCGAAGAGCUUUCCGCGCUCGUCUCCACCUCCUCUUCUUCCGGUCCCACUUCCAGCAGCCAGGCGUUGAUACCUCAGAGUGUCGUCGACAACCUGCGCGCCGAUCUCUCCGCGCUCCAGGUAUCCAUCGAGUCCAAAGACAAAGCCAUGCUUCGACUCAAGCAGGUCUUCUCCGCCAAAGCCAACGAGUUCCGGGAAGCCAUUCAGUCGCUCUUCGGUUACAAGGUGAAGUUCCUCGAAAACGGCAAGGUGAAACUCACUUCGACGCACAAUCGUUCGUCGAACUCCACCUCGCUGGUGUUCGAAAGCGAAGGUGGAAAUGUGGGGAGGAUGAAGUUGAUGGGAGAGGCGGUCAAGUUCCCCGGAUUGGUGGAUGUGAAGGGAUUGAAGGAGUACUGGUUGGCGGAGGGAGGGGUGAGGCAGAGCGUGCCGUGCUUUUUGGCAGCGUUGAACUUGGAGUUGUACGAGAGCUGUACGAUGGCUGUUAGGAAGAGCAAGUUUGACGGUCAAGGUGAUGAGGAGGAGGAAGAGUAG